AUGGCCACGGCUUGGUAUAGCCGAACCGUUGAGGUUCUCUCCGAUUCUUUGACCAACCGUCAGACUCAACUUCCUUUGCUGGCCUUGACUGGUGCCUCUGUCACUGCUGGUCUGUUACUUCGCUCGGCCCUGUCCGAUAAACAUCCGGAGACUCUUCUCCCUGCCCCCCGCACCAAGGUUUUGGGCUUAUCGGAUGCGGAGAACCGGGAGCAUCCGUUGCCGACCGACGUUCUCCCCGGAGCUCGAGACCUGACGACACCAUAUGGAUCGAUGAGGGUGUAUGAGUGGGGCCCUGUCGACGGACCCAAGGUGUUAUUCGUUCAUGGUAUUACAACGCCUUGCGUUGCGUUGGGUGGACUGGCACACGCCCUGGUGGAUCGGGGGUGCCGAGUGAUGCUAUUCGAUCUGUUUGGAAGAGGCUUCUCAGACUGCCCGUCCGAUCUUCCCCAGGACGACCGAUUGUUUGCGACGCAGAUUUUCAUGGCCCUGAGCACGUCCCCGAUCCCCUGGACCGGUGCUGGGUCGGGCAAAUUCUGCCUUGCCGGCUACUCUUUGGGCGGCGGGAUUGCCGCUGCGUUUGCAGCUCAUUUCCCCGAGCUCCUCUCGUCCCUGGCCCUGAUGGCCCCGGCGGGGUUGAUCCGUGACUCCCAAAUCAGCGCCCAGACUCGGCUUCUGUAUUCGAAUGGUCUCCUCCCUGAGCGUGUCCUCGGGUUUCUCGUUGGUCGGCGUCUUCGUGCUGGCCCGUUGACCACUCCCAAGCCCAAAGACGAGAAGGUCGACGCCGCUUCUGCACUGACUGAGGAACUCCCGUCCCAGGGUGGGGCGAAUGUGCAGCUCUUGUCGCGGGCCUAUCCCCAUGUCAGUGUUCCUGGUGCCGUGCAGUGGCAGGUGAACAAUCAUGCCGGCUUUGUUCAUGCGUUCAUGUCUAGCAUGCGAUUUGGUCCGAUCCUGCAGGCCCGUCAGCGGGGAAAUUGGGAACGCUUGGGGAGCUUCCUCUCAGCGCAGCAGUAUCUCUCACCGGAACAGCAGCGUGCCAACGGUCUACCAAGCAACAAAGUCCUGAUUCUGUGCGGCAUGCAUGAUGGAAUCAUCGUGAAGGAAGAGCUUGCUCCCGAUGCCACAUCAGCGCUCCAAGGGAACGUGGAUUUCAAGUACUUCGACGCUGGACACGAAUUCCCGAGUACGAAAUACGACGAGGUGGCAGACUGCCUGUGGAAGAUUAUGCAUUAA